AUGUUGGACCAGAGAGAGAGACAGAAAGCCAGCAGUUCCGGUAAGUACUUUGUUAAUUGCUGGCUUUCAUUUCUUUCUUAUUCUCCAGGAAUGUUCUUUAGUUCAUGUUGCGGCUGGGAAAUGAAGGGGUGGGCAUUGGGAGAGCUCUGUGGGGUUUUAUCUUUCUGUGUUUAUAUAUUUUUUUUAAAUAUGGUGUCAUGCGGGGAUGCGGCAGUAGUUUCCUUCUUCCAAUCUUCUAGACUAGGCAGUCAGUAUCAUUGGGUUGGUGGUCUCUUUUCUUGGAGGUUGUGGGAUUUUUUUUUUUUUUUUUAA